GCGCUCUCUUGGGAUGGGAUGCUGCUCGGUGCCGUCACAGGCCGGGACAUGGUGGAAAGUGAUGAGCUCAAGGUCACACAGCAUCCAGGCAUCCCCGAGUGGCAGUAUCCACACAAGUACCAGUACCCACACCAGUGCCCACACCAGUACCCACCGUACCAGCACCAGCAUCAGCACCUGCACCAAUACCCACGCCAGUACCAGCACCCGCACCAGUACCAGCACCAGUACCAGCACCCAUACCAGUGCCAGCACCCAUACCAGUACUCACACCAGUGCUGUACCAGUACCCACACCAGUAUCAGCACCCACACAAGUGCUAGCACCUAUAUCAGCACCCAUACCAGUAGCGCAGGAGCCGGUGACGAAGGUGGUGCAAGCGAAUUUGGGGUGGAAGAAGGUGCCAGCAGCACCGUGUGA